CCCCCCUCUCUCUCCCUCCUGUGCCCGGAUCCCCUCAGUCCGUUCUCUCUCCAGCAGGCCCGACCCGCACAUCUGUCCGGGCCAUAGCCCAUGUAGACCCAGCGGACUGCACACAGAGAGGGGCUGACAUUAACAGGGACCCGGCGAGAGAAAGAAGGAGCCUUAACAUUUGUUGGACGAAAACCCGACUAGUUUUAUCGGAGCACCCCAAAUAUUGGCUCUCUAAUUUUUUUCCCACAGUCCUGAGAGGGGAAAAACUGACUUCUUAGUCCGUUAAAACUAGUCCGGAUCUGGAGCAGCUGAACCCUUCUGAGCGGGCAGGGCACACACGACGGGACCGUUAGGUUUACAUCCAGAUAACAACAACCUGGUCUACGCAGAGGGAAAGGACAUUAAAAACAGUUUUUUCCCGUAAAAGGCCAAAUUUCCACGCUUCUUAACAAAACAAAAAAACAAAACGAACCAAAGCUGAUAAAUCGACAAAGGGGGUGCUGAGCUCUGCGAGGCGUGCUUCAGGAUGCUGUCGGAGCUGAGCGAAUGGUUCUGGCAGGAGCGGCUGUGGUUCCCCGAGGGUCUGGGCUGGGCUGACCUGGAGGAUCGAGAUGGACGAGUAUACGCCAAGGGCCGUGAUUUAUGGGCGGCGCUUCCCAUUGCGCUGGUAUUCCUCAUUAUCCGGCAAAUCUUUGAGAGAACAGUGGCCACACCUCUGGCUUCUCUACUCGGUGUGAAGGAGACGGUUCGACUCAAAGCCCCUCACAACCCCUUCCUGGAGUCUUACUACUGUAAAGUGACCAAAAACCCCACACAGCAUUCAGUAGCGGGUCUUUGUAAGCAGACUGGCUACUCAGAAAGACAAGUGCAGCGCUGGUUCAGAAGGAGGAGGAACCAGGACCGACCAAGUUUGCUCAAAAAGUUUCGAGAGGCCAGUUGGAGAUUUACCUUUUACCUUCUUGCUUUCAUUGCUGGCCUGGCCUCCCUUAUUGAUAAACCUUGGCUGUAUGACACGAAGGAAAUGUGGCAAGGCUUUCCUGUGCUGACUCUGCUGCCAUCUCAGUAUUGGUACUACAUGAUCGAGCUGGGCUUUUAUGGCUCCCUGCUUCUCAGCGUGGCUUCGGAUGUCAAACGUAAAGACUUUAAGGAGCACAUCAUUCACCAUGUUGCAACCAUCCUUCUCAUCAGUUUCUCCUGGUGUGUGAAUUACAUUCGUGCUGGAACUCUCAUCAUGCUGGUUCACGACUCCUCUGAUUACUUUCUCGAGUCUGCUAAGAUGUUCAACUAUGCUGGUUGGCGAAACGCCUGUAACUACAUCUUCAUCGUUUUUGCUGCUGUCUUCAUCGUCACCCGCCUCAUUAUCUUCCCCUUCUGGAUAAUUUACUGGACAUGGGUUUACCCAGUGACCGUCUACCCGCCUUUCUUCGGCUACUACUUCUUCAAUGGUCUGCUUAUGAUUCUGCAGUGUCUCCAUAUCUUCUGGGCAGUUCUUAUCAUCCGCAUAGCCCUCCGCUUCCUCACCAACAACGAAAAAGUGGAUGAUGACCGGAGCGACAAAGAUGAAACGGAUGAAUCAGAAGAAGAUGAAGAAGAGGCAGACGAUAAAAAGCAUGCAAAGAAAAACGGUCCCGUGCAGAAUGGCUUCACAGUCCACAACAACAACCACAGGAAGACAGAGUGAAUGCAGACAUGCGUGAGCGGAAAAUAAAGCCAGGAGGACUCGUGGUCAAAAAGGACUACGAGAAGAUGGGAUGUGAAUGUGGAUGGGAGGCAUUCCCUAAAACUAGGAGGUUCAACACUGUUACUUUAACACAAACCCACACAUGCUCAGUCAAACUUUAAAGGAACAUGGAUAUCAAGAUCAACACUACACUAAGUGGCACUGCUUUCGCUAUGUCACAAGAAGGGGGGGGGGGGGGGUAAAAAAUGUAUCAUCGUGUUCGAUAGAUGUUAGUCCAACAAAACUUCCAGCAAGGGAGGAGAGAACAUGAAGAGGUUCCAGGUGUGGAGGAGAGACAGAAGGGGAGAUGCUGCUGCUUCUACUUUAGCUUUCAUGUUUUAACUUUGUGCCUUAGAGCCAGCUGGUAGCUGCCAAAAAGCCAUGUUAUGGCUUCCUGCUUUAAAACUGCUGCUUUCUUACAUUUUUUUAUGUUUUUUCUUUUUUUGUUCUUGCUUUGUUCUGUAGAGAUCAAAACAAAUCGAAAACUACUUUUAUGACCACAGGUUAUUAGAUACUGGGGCAUUUCUUUGUCUAUGCAAUAAUAUUUCCGUUUGCUAUUAUGACAUUUUUGCACAAAAAUACAAAGGCAUAUUUUACUGUCAGUGCAGCCUUGUGCCAUUUAUAAAGUAUUCUGAUUUCUCUUUUUAAAGAAAUAGUCUCACUUCUGUUCAGUAUUUGUACAAUUCCUCCUAGAAGUGACGUCUCAUCUGUUAAAGGCGAAGUUCAUGUUUACUUUUUGAGAAAAAGUUUGAGCAACAGUUAAAAAUGGGCACCAGUGAUUGAGAAAUCACAGCAGUGUUUCAGACUCAGUUAUCACAGAUAACUCCACCCACUGAACACUGAGGACUCUGCAUAUUCGACCAGAGGAUCGGUCUCUAAGUGAAAGUUCUGCAGAAUGAAAUCUGAAAUGCCAAGAUUUUUUUUUUAUGUCACUGCCAAACAGCUAAGGUUAAGAUCAUUAACCUGUAGGAGAAAUGAAAAGUGUUGGAUCUAAAUGAAUAAUUAUGAUUCUGUCAGAAUAAUAAUGAUUCUGUCUGACAUGGGGUUUACAUUUAUGUUUAUAAUGUUUUUUUGAAAGAAAUUGAUCUGAUUUUUUUUUUUUUAGUUCUUAUUUGUAGUCUCUCACCUGUGCUGUCAUGCUUUUGUGUAUUUGAACGUCAAGUGCCUUAAUUGUAACGAACGAGGAUUUCUCCCGUCUUCAUGUUCUCUCCUUUAUUUCUGAAGCCCAAACACAACCUCCCACCAAUUCAUCCAUCGCUUUCCCUCACUAAUCAUGACUCUCUCCUCAAACUCACUCAUUCCACUACGACUAAUCCCGACCAACCAGCAAACAUGAUGUGGAAGAAACAUCCGUGGCCUGAUUACAGUGUUAUAUUUUUUAUUUUGUACUUUCUUUGAGGUAAUGAUGCAUAAAUACUGUUAAUUAUGAUAAACGUCAUGAAUCACAAAGAAAA